UGCUGCAGUCGGCCGGCUGAGGGACGGCCGCCAUGGCGCUGUCGGCCGCCGGGGCCUACCUGACGCACCAGCAGAAAGUGCUGCGGCUCUACAAGCGCGCCCUGCGUCACCUCGAGUCGUGGUGCAUCCACAGGGACAAGUACCGGUACUUUGCAUGUUUGAUGAGAGCGCGGUUUGAUGAACACAAGAAUGAGAAGGACAUGAUGAAAGCCACCCAGCUGCUGAAGGAGGCAGAGGAAGAGUUCUGGUGCCAUCAGCACCCCCAGCCGUACAUCUUCCCCGACUCUCCUGGGGGCACCUCCUAUGAGCGAUACGAGUGCUAUAAGGUUCCAGACUGGUGCCUGGAUUACUGGCAUCCUUCGGAGAAGGCCAUGUAUCCUGAUUACUUCGCCAAGAGGGAGCAGUGGAAGAAGCUGCAGCAGGAAAGCUGGGGACAAGAGGUUAAGCAGCUGCAGGACGAAACCCCACCUGGUGGUCCCAAGACAGAAGCUUUGCCCCCUGCCCGGAAGGAAGGGGAUUUGCCCCCACUGUGGUGGCAUGUCGUGACCAGACCCCGGGAGAGGCCCAUGUAGGGGAGACACUGCUCCGCUCUGGCUCGCAGGUGAAAUCAGUUAUGGGACGUAGACACACUUGCCCUAAUAAAAACAGCUUGGUGACCUGGGA